AACUGUUUCAGGGACCUGUGCCUAGUUCAAACCCCUGGGGAGAUCUGCUCUAGGGAUGACGACACGGAGCCGCGUGGGGUGCUCUUGGCGACGUAACACGUUCCGCGCGUUCCUUCUGAGCGUUCCUUCAGGCAGUCCCAACAUUGGGUAGAUAUGCUUGGUUGUUGGCUUAUGAGAACACUGUCAUGACCUAUCGAAGCAGCCCAUAUGGUGAAUCUAUCGAGCGCACGCGCAUCCUUUUACCGACGACAUAGUGACAGUGACGCGACAGCCUGCACGACAGCUACACUUAACACAUAUACUUGUACUCCAUGCUGCCGCUCGACGACGACUGCGAUGCCUGCAGCCCCGACUGGAUGAAGAAACGAAGCCCAUCUGCUAUGGCCAUUUCCGCACUCCCGUUUGUGGCGACCUUCUUCAUUGUCGCUGUCGCCGUGUCGCAUAGGCUCUUCCCGCUGCUCUCUGGGCACGCGCCCUUGAAGAACCACCACGAUGCUCAGCUAGCAGGCUUCGCCCUUCGCGAAAGGACGUCGGUGUUCAGAAACUUGCGCAUAACAGCGCGCACGAUCGCCAGCGCGACGUUUUCCACGAACAUUGCGCUAUCUGCCGUCCUCGUCGAGCUUAUCCUCUGCGAGAUCUCCAACACCGUCAAUCGCGCAACGCGGACACUGGCGCUGAAGAUCACACUGCCGUCGCUAUUAUUUCUGAUUAUCGUCCUUACACCAGCAUUGAUUAUACAUUCGGUGGUUUCGGGAUGGAGUUUGAGCAGGUCACAGAAUGGUCAGCGUAAGCUGGCGUGGGUUCUUGAGAUUACAGGUCUAGCGGCAUGGCUUGCGGGCUUCUGGUACCUGGGCAGAGGGCUGCUGGGCACGUUUCUACACGAGGAAUCAUAUAUCCAUGAGCAUACCUUCAGCGAGGGUUGCCUAGAAAGGAUCGGUGUCAUCGGCAUCAGCCUGAUGGCUUCGCUGGCCGGCUUUGCCGCUGUCAGUUCGCUCUGGCAGACUUUUGGCGUGAAAUACCGCCUCGUCACCGACUCAGAUAUCGCUCGCAAACAAGCCGGGCUGGAUGCUACGAACGACAUGCUUGCAACGAAGGAAAGUCGACUUCGCGCUGUCCAAAGAAAACUUUCGGAUACACCCCAGGAAGGCUUCGUAACCCGCGUCGUGGGUAGUUUGCGCGGAAACCCCGAGAUUGUAGAGCGAAACACCCUACAGCUCGAAAUCCAAGGCCUGGAAACGAUGCACAACACUCUCCAGAACUCACUGUCUAUCUUACAAAACCGUCGACAGACCCAGCUCCGUUCACACACGAUCCAGGGUCGCUUGCUGAACCUCGUAUCAGUAAUAUUCUCUCUCUACUGCUUCUACAGAAUCACAGCGACAACGUUUACCACUCUGAGACGCUUCUCAUCCCCAAACACAAGUUUCUCGAACACCGACCCGAUCAACAACUUUCUCGCGAUAUUAGCCAAGCAUUGGGACCCUACCAUAGACCGCGUCGCCUGGAGUCGCACCAUAUCUUUCCUGCUCUCCGGUAUCAUGCUCCUAGCAUCUUUCAACAGCGUGGUACAGACCUUUUUCCUCUUCGCGCGCGUACUCCCAGGCGUUCUUCAUCACGCCCAGGCCAACUUCGCUUUACUCAUCUCUCAGAUUGCUGCUACGUAUGUGAUCAGCUCCGCACUCCUACUGCGGAGUAAUCUGCCGGUGGAGAUGAAGAGCGCUAUCUCUGAGGCGUUGGGUGCACCGCUGGAGCCGGCUUUCACGGAGAGAUGGUUUGAGGGAUGGUUCUUGUUAGCGAGUGCAGCCACCGCGAUUGGGCUUUGGGCGGGAAAGCGAUGGAAAGGCCAGGGAUGGGAUGAUGAGGAUGAGUUUGGGGAAGGAGACCUGGAGAUGGGAAAGCUGAAUUGACGAGGAAUAAGGCUGAUGUUUCUUAAACGACUAUGCCGCGUAGCACUCUCAAAAAGAAGUCAAUACCGGUUCGAAAUGCAACUAGAGCUUCGUUGGGGCCAGAAACCCCUGGCGAACUACUCUGUCACAUGGCAUGGGUCAACUAUAGAUCUAACACGCAGCUCGCAAAUAUACAACAGAAUCCCAUCGGC